AUGCUCCUCCACUGCACUUUGCUCAUCACCGCCCUGUUGUGGACGAAAACUUCUCUCACCAGUGCAGGAAAAAUCCUUGUGUAUCCAGUAGAAGGAAGUCGCUGGAUCAACAUGGACGCCAUCCUGCAUGAACUACAUAAACGAGGUCAUGAACUGACAGUGAUCCGCUCCUCCAGAGGUUUGAUUCCUGAAAACGCUCCUCACUACAAAUCUCUGACCAUCCCAGUCACUCAAUCCAUUCAUUUUAAUACACCUGACCAGGUGGUGUUGCUCAUGAAAAAGUACAUUGAAAGCCGAGUAAGUAAGUGGCCCGUUUUUUCCUUGAUUGCUUUAUAUCAAGAGCUUUUUAACUUUAUAGCGCAAGCUCACGGAGUCCAGGCAGAGAUGUUAAGAACCAUCCUGGAGGAUAAAACACUGAUAAAAAAUCUCCAAAACAGCAAGUUUGAUUUGAUUUUGACUGAUCCUUUAUAUGGAAGUGGAGUUGUGUUGGGGUCAUACUUGGGUUUACCACUCAUGUUUAAUGUUCGCUGGAUAAUGACCACAGAAGCACACUUUGCCAUCGCACCCUCUCCUCUUUCCUACGUCCCAACAUCCGGAUCUGAAGUCAGUGACAAAAUGACCCUCACAGACAGACUGAAGAACCUGUUGUAUGGUGCUGUUAAUCGGUAUGUGGAUCACAUGAUCACUAAACCAACUUAUCAAAGUAUCAUCGAUGAGUUUAUAGAUCCAGAAACUGAUAUCUUUUACCUCAUCCAAGGCGCAGAUGUGUGGCUCAUGCGAGUAGAUUUUGUGUUCGAGUUUCCUCGGCCCACGAUGCCAAACGUGGUCUACAUCGGGGGAUUUCAGUGCAAGCCUUCCCGUCCUUUGCCUGAUGAGUUGGAGAGGUUCAUGCAGAGCUCAGGAGAACAUGGUGUAAUUCUUAUGUCUUUUGGAACUCGGUUUGAAAAUGUGGGCUUUGAUCUCACUGAAAUCUUUGCUUCUGCUUUUGCUCAUCUACCACAGAAGGUUGUGUGGCGACAUAUAGGACCAAAACCUUCCACAGUGGGCAACAACACACUAAUUUUAGACUGGAUUCCACAAAAUGACCUUCUUGGACAUCCAAAAACACAGGUUUUCAUAACACACGGAGGAACAAAUGGUAUUUACGAGGCCAUCUAUCAUGGAGUCCCGAUGCUGGCAAUACCACUCAUCGCAGACCAGUUUGACAACAUGGUACAUCUGAAAGCUAAAGGCAUAGCUGAGGUUCUGGAGGUCACUGAACUGAAUGUUGAUAUGCUGACUCAAGCUCUUAAAAACAUUUUGGAUGAAAAGCAGCCCUACAUGGAGAACAUGGAGAAGAUUUCCUCUAUGUAUCAUGACACGCCACUAAAAUCCAUGGACAGCAUCAUCUUCUGGUUGGAAUUUGUCAUGAGGCAUAAAGGUGCAGCUCAUCUGCGUACCGAGUCGUAUAAGAUGCCCUGUUACGCAUAUUAUAAUGUGGACAUCUACGCAAUCAUACUCUGUGUGUUUAUGAUCUCAUUUCUGCUUUUUGGUCUGAUCUGUAAGCUUCUGUUGAAGGCCCUGAAAAGAAAGAGAAAAGCCAAACAGCAGUAA